AUGAUUCGUAGUCUUGGACAUAACAAUGAACAUAUCAAGGAAAUUUACAUUAGGUUAUCUGUUCAGUUGUUGUUGUUGAAAUCAACCAAUCAACAACAUCGACAUGAUUUAUUCGUUGUAGAUGACAAUGACAUCAUUCGUCAAUCAAUCAAUCAAUCAAUUAGCAUGCUUAUCAAAUAUAACCUACAACAAUAG